AUGAAACUGUGGCUGCGGACCUCGGAAUUGGAACCACAGUCCUUUCCCAUACAGAAACCCCAAAUGUGGGCUUCUCCCUCCAACCUGUUCUUCUGGGGACCCUUUGCCCUUAGAGCUGUCACAGAUGACAUAAACCUUGGCAGGCUGUGGGGAGGCCGCUGCCUCCUAGCCUCACAGUCAGCUUUCUUAAGCCAGGUGUGGCCUGCACAGCUGUCAGGGCAGGGCUGGUCAUCCUCCCAGGCCUCCAGGGCAGUGUCUUGGAGUGGGAGGAUGGCCAGCCACAAGCCACCAGCUUGUCAGCACGGGAAGGGCAAGGGGGAAAUGGGUUCGCCUACCUCAUUUGACUCCAGCAAAUGGAGACAAUUCCUGACCCCUGCUUCGAUGGUGUUGACCCCACAGGAAUCAAGGAUCUUGAUGCCAAGUGUGGCAUCUCUACCUGAAGAGCUGCUUCUGUUAGACCCAGGGGCCCCGGCCUCUGUUUUAAGGGGGGAGGGCAUCUGCAACAAGAGUGGCACACGGCGAAGUGCUGGCAUGGCUCUACCUCCCAACCCCUCCCAACCCCAUCCCAAAGUCUACAGCCCUCUGCUCCUUCUACCUCCACUGUAUCCUGCAUCCCAGACCCUACAGAUUGUGUGAUUGCUUCAUCUGUAACACCCCCCUCCCCCCGAGUCCUGUGGACCUGCCUUCUGUGUAGAGCAAAACCCAGGCUCCCUCACAGCCAUUCUUUGCAGAGAGCAGCCUUGCAGUGAGCGUGAGUUCCUUGCAGGUGUGUGCAUGUACACUCACCCUCUGAAUUGCUGCUGCUGCCAAGGAAGUGGGCUCCAGGUGAAGGCCAGUGCCACUUCACUCUGGCUGGCCUUCUGAGUAGUUUCAUUUCUCCAGAAGCUGAGCCAGUCUCCUGGUCUAGCACAGGUUGCCAGAAUGCUUGGCGUUGCAGAGUGCUAGAGCCAGUGGAGAACUUGCCAACUUGAUUGUUAUACAGCAGAGGAAAGAGGAUCACAGAGGGAAAGUGAUUCACCCAAAGUCACACAGUGAGUUCAUGGCUGAGCUGAGACCAGGAUUAAGCUUCCUGACUCCCAGUUCACCAUGAAAAGGGUUCUGGCAACAGGUUCAAGCUGGAGAAUCCUUCAAAAUCCUACACCCACAUUCUCUCCAACUCUUCAUCUCCCUGAUCUUCCAGACAAACUACCUGGAUGUUGCCCUUAAACCAUUUCUAGCUGUUAACCCUGUCCAGAAAAAUGAUUGAGUGAUAGCUGAGAAGUGGAAAGUGUGGGAUUUUUGGCAGGUGCUCUCUUUCCUCCGCCCCCCGCACCAUUCUUUCUCUUCCUCCUCUCUGUAAUGGUAUGUCCAGCCUCACUCUCCCUCCCUGGUGCUGUAUGCGUUCCCCCUGUUAGCUACAUUUAUGAUCACAUACCCUUGUUUUAAGUGAAUUUUUUUUUCAUUUGAUUUGUCAAUAAACGAAUCAAACUGGA